CUCUCUCUUCAACUCAUCAGUGCCGGCCCCUCUUUCUAAUUUCCAUCUUUAUCAUUGAAUCAUAUAAUGAUUUAUUACGUCCACUAAUCAAUGAUACAGCUUUCUCCCUUCGUGUUGUUGAGCCUACCGCCAACAAUCUUUCUGGUGCCCAGCACUACGGGGGAGGAUAACAAGCCGUCGACGCUCGAGGUACUAGCAGGAGAAGAUAUCCCUGUCGAAAACUUGAUGAAGAGAAUGUUGAACCCCAAGCCAGGUAGACUUCGGUUGCGAGGUCGUAAUCAUGAGGGACCUGGUGAAGAAGAUUAAGGAAUUUUAGAUUCUCGCGACGUGGGAAGAGGCGCUGAGAAGGGAGGAUAUACAAAUGAUGCGGGAGAACAGGGGGCAGAAGGAAUUCGGAC